AUGAAUAGAUUAUUAUGUAUGGAUUCUUUUAAAAGUAAAAGUAUUUUAAAAGAGUUAUACAAUAGAGGAAUUGAACGAAUAAUCUUGUAUGGCUCACCCGUUUGGUGGACUGGAACGGAAAGGGUGAGAAAUAAAUUGCUACAGAUUCAGAGGGUUGCAAUGCUACCCAUUACGGGAUGCUACAGAACAGUCUCUACCACCAGCCUACAGGUCUUAGCUGGGGUUACGCCUAUAGACUUAGUAGCUGAAGCUGAAACGCUGAUUUAUAAAGCUGUUCAUAUGAAGAAGAAUAUAGAUUAUUGUGACCUGAAGAUUUCUAAUAGAGAAAUUGAUCCAAAAUUAGAAAAGUUUUAUUUUCAUCCGGCACAAUUUAAAGAGGUUACCUGGAAGACACUUCUUCCAACUGGUGUUGGUUUGGAAUUAUUCUCUGAUGGCUCCGUGAUUGAUAAAAAUGUUGGAGCAGCAUUUGUUGCUUUUGCAAAUAAUAAAUUUGUAUAUAAAUCUAAAUUAAGAUUGAAUAAUAAUUCAACUAUUUUUGAUGCAGAACUUAUUGCCUUUGAAUACGCCAUAAGAUGGGCUAAUGAGGAAGAAAAUGAGAAAUAUAUUACAAAUUGGGAGAUUUCGGUGUUCACAGAUUCCCAGAGCAUCCUUAGAGCUCUUAAUUCUAGAAAAUGUUUAUCUGCAAAAGUAGAUAAAAUUAUGCCAUACUUCAAUUACUCAGGUUCUUCAAAAUUUGCUUAUCCUAACUACCAACAGAUGGCGUCUCAAUAA